AUGGAAAACACUGACGGCGCUACAACGGAGCAGACACCAAAACUGACAACAAGAGUGGCUUAUCUCCGCACUAUCCUCGACAAAAAGUCUAUAGAAGAACAUGGCGAAACCGACUGGCUCAAUCUGAAUUCAUGGCUUUGGACAUGGGUUGGGCAAAAUAUCCCUUGGGAUCCAUGGGGCAGUGGCCGUAAGAACCGCACGAAACCUCCACCAGAGCUUCUUCAUCACUACAUUCUCGGCUUUUCCACCGCCGUAGACCCUGCUAUACUAGAUUGGCUUCUUAAAAACUCCGAGCCAAAGAAUGCCAGGUUAUCUCGGUCUGAUUUUACGGUCUAUCUUUCCGCCACUCAGAUGAAUGAUCCGAGCAACAAGGGUCUUAUUCAGCGGUUAGCAUCGGAAAAUGUAACGGUCAAGAAGAUCACAGAACCAUCGGAGGAGUACACAUCAGAUGAUAUAUGCGACUCAGUCAUGCUCUCUGAAAGUGAUUACAUCCUCGACCCAACUAUUCAAAUCGGUCCAAGUGACUGGGUAACAACAGACGCUCUAUACCGCGACUCCCUCCGCUAUGGCCACCCUCAGCUCUACAGAACCGAAGAAUACAGCAACUUUUACUACGAAAACAGGCUAAAGAAGAAAAUGGGUGGUCAUACAAUGACAGCGUGCUGCUACCCACACGGCAAAUCUGAUCAAUGGAAACGGGACCACGAAAGAGAGUGGAGGCUUUAUGAAUGUCCGUCUUGUGGGCAGCGCUGUAAGAGGAGUAAAGGGUGCAAAAAUACAGGCGAGGACUGGGCAGCGGAUCGGAAUAAGUAUAAGACUGCUUGGAUGGAGGGAGUGGAUUUGUCGGCGGCUAGACUGCCUGAGUUUGAGACAGACUGGAGGACAUUGAGCGUAAAUGAUGUCGUUUAUUAUGGUGAUGAGAGGUUCAAAAAAUGGAAUUGGAGAUCCGUUGAUACCUUCACGGGGGAUUGGAAACGAGAGUAA